UGUAAAGAAUAGCGUGGAAUAUCAUCAUAUUGAUUUUAGGGGUAGAAAGCUUUAAAAUCAGCACCGAUCCAACAGUAAGCCUCUAGUAAAUGUUUAUGAAAAUUUGGUACAUUUAACAAUUUCUUUUUCUACUUCAGUAAGAUAGUCCUGGUUGCAGUCCAAGACGAGGGUUCUAGAUAUGUUCAAACAGCUUUUGAUGCUCUGACAAGAAUGGGAGGCUACGAUCUGGGCUUUCUUGACUACCGAGGAUCAUAUGCUCUUGUCGGACACCCAGGAGAUCAGAAGCCAUCUUAUGUUACACAAGUACAGAGCAAGAGUGGGCAGGGACCAAGUGUGAUCUCCAUGACAGUUCCACUUACGAUAAGUUCUUCUAUAAAAAUAGACAUCCGCAGCGAAGGCUGUAAUGAUCCGGGAAAAACGCCAAAUACAUGUGGCAUUGCUUACAUAAAGGUGAAUGACAAUGAACACUCUAAGAAAAAGAGAGGGCAUAAUGUUGUUGUCCUGGAUGCAGUAACAGGAAUUGUGGAACACUCCGUCAGUUUCGAUACUCAUGGAAAUGGUGCUGCUGGAAACCAGUUGAAAGGCUUUCUUAACGGGAUUACUGGAGACAAAAUAAUCCUAAUUGCAGUCCAAGACGAGGGCUCAAUACAUCUUAAACAAGCUUUUGACGCUUUGACAAGAGUUGGAGGCUACGAUCUGAGCUUUCUUGACUACCGAGGAUCAUAUGCUCUUGUCGGACACCCUGCACGUCAGAAGCCAUCUUAUGUUAAACAAGUACAGAGCAAGAGUGGGCAAGGACCAAGUGUGAUCUCCAUGACAGUUCCACUCAUGAAGAAUCCUUUUGUAGAUAUCGAUAUCCGCAGCGAAGGUUGCAAUGAUCCCAAUAAGACACUAGACACGUGUGGAAUCGCUUACAUUAAAGUCGAUGGAAAGGACCACUCCCGUCAUCUCAGAGGACAUAACGUUGUUAUUGUGGACCAGAAAACAGCUAGUGUGCUUAAAUCAGAAGCCUUUGAUACUCAUGGGGAUGAGUCCGCGGGCAAUCGUUUAGGAGUUUUCCUCGACGCCCAGGAAGCAGACAAAAUAAUCCUGAUUGCAGUCCAAGACGAGGGCUCAAGAUAUCUUAAACCAGCUUUUGAUGCUCUGACGAGUAUUGGGGGCCGCGAUCUGGGCUUUCUUGACCACAGAGGUUCAUAUGCUCUUGUUGGAUACUCGAGGGAGAAGAAGCCAUCGUAUGUUCAACAAGUACAGAGCAAAGGUGGCAAAGGACCAAGUGUGAUCUCCACCACUGUUCCACUCACGAAGAAUCCUUUUGUAGAUAUCGAUAUCCGCAGCGAAGGUUGCAAUGAUCCAAAUAAAAAACCAGACACGUGUGGAAUCGCUUACAUUAAAGUUGAUGGAAAGGACCACUCCCUUCAUCGUAGAGGACAUAACGUUGUUAUUGUGGAACGGAAAACAGGUAGAGUGCUUAAAUCAGAAGCCUUUGAUACUCAUGGAGAUGGGUCAGCGGGCACUCGUCUAAGGGAUUUUCUCAACGCCCAGGGAGCAGAGUAA